UGUGGCAGUACAUUGGAGCGAUGACAGUGGCAUUACCAAUGCUGAUGCUGGGCAUGGCUACCGCUUGGCCAUCUCCUACAUUACCCAAGAUCAAAGAAAACAAUGCACCACUCUCCUUGGACCAUUCCGAGAUAUCUUGGGUGGUAUCUCUCAUGUUCUUUGGUAACACACUAAGCCCUUUACCUGUUGGUCAACUCAUGGACAAGAUUGGAAGGAAAUGGACCUUGUACGUGUUAAACGUAAUGCCUCUCACUGCAUGGAUUAUCACGUAUUACAGUCCCUCUGCAUGGUACUUGUAUGUUGCUCGUUUCCUCAACGGAUUGGCAGCAGGAGCAGCCUACACAGUAUGUGCCGUCUAUAUUGGAGAGAUAGCAGAACCGUCUAUAAGAGGGUCAAUGUCCAACUUCAACAACCUUUUCAAGACUCUGGGUGGUCUAUUAGUAUUUAUUGUAGGUCCCUAUGUGUCAUAUGAAACUCUUGCUCUCACCUGUGGUCUGGUGCCAGCCUUGUACUUCCUUGUGGCGGCGUUCAUCCCGGAGUCUCCAUAUUAUCUUGUUAUGAUGAACAGAAAACAAGAAGCAAAAGAGGCUCUGAGGUGGUUGCAAAGGAAAGACGAUCCAGCUCUUGAUCAGGAAUUAGCAAUGGUAGAAAAAACGGUAAUUUCCCAGACACAAAAUAAAGGUUCAGUCAAAGAUCUGUUCAAAGAUAGAGCAAAUCGUAAGGCAGUUGGCAUUACUAUGAUCUUAUCCGUGGUAAAAAAUCUGAGUGGGUAUGAUGUGAUGAUGGCUUACACCUCCACAACACUUCCUCCUGAGGCAUUUAAUUCCUUUGGUCCUAAUGAAUGUGUCAUCAUCCUGGGAGUGAUAUCAGUAGUUACAUGCAUUGGCUCUAUAUUCAUCUUAGAUAAAUAUCCUAGAAGAUUUUUACUGACUUUGUCAUCUCUAGGGUGCUCAAUUAUGACACUUCUUCCAGGCCUCUGGUUUUUUCUGAAUGAUAACACAUCAGUCGAUGUUUCAGCGUUCGCUCAGAUACCAUUCUACUGUUUUGCAAUACAUGCUGUGGUGUACUCAGUGGGCCUUGGACCUAUUGUUGCCAAUGUAAAGGGAGAACUCUUUUCAGCCAAUGUAAAGGCAGUUUGUUCAGCUAUGACCAGUAUUGUGUUUGCCAUUUUAAGUUUUCUUUCGACAAAAAUAUAUCUUAUAAUUUCUGACUCUAUGGGUGUCUAUGUGAAUUACUUACUAUAUGCAAUAGGGUGUGCUCUUGGAACACUGUUAAUCCGUAAAUAUGUGAUAGAAACUAGAGGUAAAUCUCUACAUGAAAUUCAGAUCAGACUCAGUGAACGAAACAAGACUACUAGUGUAUCUGUUAUCUCUCAUAGAUAA